ACUAAGAUUCAUGACUUGGUCAAGAUUGCUAGAUGAGAAACACGCUAUUGUUCGUUGGACUUCGUUCAUCGAUUCCCACUCUCCGCUGCUAGCUGGAGCCAUACAAACACCCCUUGAGUAGGAGACACCUCGAACAAAACCAACACGCUAGGUCCACCGUUGAGCCUCACUCACCAUGUCCUCCAUGUCUUCUCUCUACGGAAACCAGCGCAAGAGGAAUUUCGCGGCCAGCAUCUGGAGCUUCGACUCAGGCUAUGGAACACAGGAUACCUUGGACGACGGAAUGGGGAAUCCGAGUCGUCGAGCUGUGAGUAGGGAUUCCCUGACGACUUCUUACCAGUGCUAAUGAUGGGUAGUUUUAUCUCCAUGCGGGCAUGUCGACGAACAGUUUGCAAGGGAGGUUGGAGAGCUGUGAGGAUUUGGUUGCACCGGAACACCAAGGCUCGCAUCCAGCUUUUGUGCCCGGUUCGAGGCCCUGCAAUGAUUAUCCUGCUCAGGGGACGAGCAAUGCGGCCAAUGGAUGCUUGAGUUGUGGAUCUUGGAAUGCCACGGAUUCGGCGGACCGGAAUGGUCGCUGUGAAGGCUGUCACGUCUCGACGACUGUGCAGCCGAGCAAGUUGUUGCUCGACGACUUCGACGCGAAACCGAUCCAGUCGUGGAUGUCCACCGCCGUGUAUCAUGGCAGAAGAGAGCCAGAACCAGAGGAGAGACUAGUACCAACUCGCUGCUCAGCCUGCGAACUCUCCGCUCUUAUCCAUCCCUCCACACACUUCCCCUGCCCCAGCUGUGCACCACCACCUAGUCAACAACCCCCUCUUCAACCACAGGAGGAAGAAGACCACAAAAUCCGCCGUUCCCACGCCCGCCGCACCCACAAACUGCCCCUCUCAGCCCUGACCGGCCUCCAAGCCUGGCUAGACGCCCACCAAGACGACCCCUACCCGAGCGCCAACGAAAAGAAGCAACUAGCCCAGCAGUGCGGCAUCACGGAGAAACAAGUAACGACCUGGUUCACCAAUGCCCGGGCCCGCCAACUCAGUCCCCUGGAUACCUAUCUCUCGUCCGCUUCGGAGCAGGAAGCUGCUUCGGAGACCGAUAUCGCGAGUGCCGCCGCCCUGAGUCCCGCAUACCUCUCUCCAUCCGACAACACGGGCUUUACUUAUCUCUCCGACACCGCCACCACUCGCACGCCCACCGGGCAUGGCCAUUGCAAAGCAGCAGCCUCCAUCUCCGGCAGCAGCGCCUUCUCCGUCUCCGCCUCCCCCUUGCACGCCCGUUUCCUGCCAUCCAAGUCGCGCCGCGGGAAGAAGAAGAAUUAUCGUCGAAAUUUGACGAGUCCGCAUACCUAUACGACUACCAGUAGCAAUACCGCAUCACCUCAACCGAACGCGUAUCUCCAAUCCCCCAUCGAACCCCUCAGCGACACCACCCCUUCCUCCGCCCCAGACCAGGAACUCUGGCAGUGUACCUUCUGCCGUCGGCCCCUGGUCCCCAAAUCCUGGCGCCGCCAUGAAGAGACGCAGCAUCGACCGAGGGCGCAGUGGACGUGCAUGUUGCAUGGGCCGCGGUUGACUCUGACAACAACCCCGUCUGCGUCAGGGGCUGCUGUAUCCCCUAUAGCGACAACAGGAACAAGAACAACGACGGCAGCAGCAGCAGCAGCAGAAGAGACGUCCUUCUGCGCCUUCUGCAUGCUGGAAAACCCGCCCGAGGAGCAUUUCCGCACGCACCACCGGAUCCCCGAGUGUGAGCGUCGGUCGCUCGCCGAACGCACGUUUUUCAGGCCGGACCAUUUGAGGCAGCAUGUUAGGAAUUUUCAUGGGACGGGGUUGGGCGAGGUGGUGCAGGGGAGGUGGAAGUGGGGAGGCAAUGGCGGUCUCGGUAGCGGCGGAAGUGGGAAUGGGGAAGAGGUCUGGAUAUGUGGGUUUUGCGGUGUUAAGCUCAGGAGUUGGACGGUGAGGGAGAGGCAUGUAGCGGGGCAUUUUAAGGAGGGGAGGAGGAUGGGGGAGUGGAGGGAGUGGCCUUCGCCUUUGCCUUCGCCUGCGGCCGUGGAUGUGGAUGUCGGGGACGAGGGGAUCAAGAGAAGGGAGACGGGGAGGGAGAGAAGAGGGAGUAAGUGGAAUCCGUUGAAGAGAUUCGGGACGAAGAAGGGAGAGGGUGAAGAGGCGGAUAAUGAGCUCGAGGAGGAGGCGCAGGAGGACCACCGUAGCUCGUUCGGCUCCGGGUUUGUGCGUCGCCUUAGCCGGACGCUGACGCGUAGGUCGACGACUCGGAGGAGAAGCAAGGAGCAGCAGAGUGGGGAGUUGGCUCCGACUGCAGCUGCGAGCAAUGAGCAUAUCAAGCGAGAGGAGGGGGUGCGUGAUCCCGCGUUCGCUAUGAUGGAUUUCGAUGCUCCGGCGUUGUCGAACACUGCCGUGUCGCACAUGCACACGGCCCUGGCGCCGAUGUCGAUGUCGAUGACAAUGUCGAACAUGCCUGGAUUCGACUAUCCGAUGUACCAGGAUCGCAACAACACGCUGGCCCUACCGGAUAUCAACAACGAUCCACUACUCCCGAUUUCGAAUUCGAAUCCAAACCAUCCAGAUAUCUCCUUCAUGGAUGUGGACAUCGAUUGGUCCCAUAUGGGAGAUGGAUUCGCACAAUCCCAGCUGCAGAUGCAGCAGUGCCCUCAGUUCACCUCUGACCCUGCUGCACAUGGCGCUGGGAUGGGUCAUCCGCCUUCUCAGAUGGGGCUUGAUGGGGAUCUUAUCGGUGAUGGUUUGGCGGCAGGGGAUGGCACGUGGGAUCUUGACACUGGCGUUGAGUACCCAGUUCCCACCAGCGGUUCUCAUAUACCUGGGGGAGAGAUGCAGAGCGGUGGAUAUCGAUGGGGUGGGCUGCGUUGAGUAUCGACAUGGUUGCUUGAGGUAUGCUUGGGGCGGAGAUAGUUCCUUUUCUGUUUUUGGGGUUUCUUGUGUUUCGAGGCGUGUAUGGUUGACGGAUUUAGGCGAUGGGAAAGGAACAGAUGCUCGGCCUGUAGGAUUAGCAAUUGGGGGAAUGCAUAUCUCUUCUCCGUUUUUCCCCUUUGCAUCUUUCUCUUUGUCUCUCUCUUAAGGCACUUUAUAGCGUAGGUAGCUUGGAUAGAAUGCGUCUGUUGGCCCCUUGACUAUCUUUUUAGAAGGUUUAAAAAGUGUCUAAGUUGCGCUUAC